CCACCACCACCACCACCAUUUCACCUCUGACACCGCUCCCAUCGCCAUCUACACACUCGCCACUGCCGCAAUACCAGGAAAUAGGCAGCGAAAAGCGGCGUUUGCGCCCGUCACGUCGAUAUCAGCAGGCCGCGUCAGCACCAAAAGCUGCCUGCUAGCUGAGGGGAAACACUUGUCGAAAGGUCGAAACACACGCAGCCUGAUAAGGCAUCCACAAACUCCCCGUCACACACUCUGCUAUGGGAAGCAGACCCACGCCGCAAUUGAAGACCGAGCAGCUCGACAUGGACUCGUUCUUCGACUUCAACCAGGGCAACACCCAGCCAUCCCCCGUCACGGCUUCCUCAUCGCGGACAGACGCCAUGUCGCCAUUCGUCAAAGAAGAGCAACAACAACACUUCAAUGGACCAAGCCACGACUAUGGACAAUUCAAGCAACAGGUCGGUCUUCCAGUAGGCAGCCUGGCCAACAUGCCACAGAACGGCAUGUUUGACGGCUUCAACUCGGGCAUCGGAGACAUGGAAUUCAACUCGGGUUUUGCUUGGAACUCAGGCAUUGAUGUUGACGCUGACAUGGGCGUGGACUUCAACAACUCGCAGCCCAUGCCGGCAAUGUUCUUCCCAUCAAAUGAGGCGUCAUCCGAUAACUUCGUGAACCCCAACAGCGUCGGCGGACAGGAAGAGCCACCCAGCCAUGUUGGACGUCUUUGGCCAGGCAUGCACUCGCAGCAGGCGCAGCAAGCUGCCAUGCAAAAGGCUGCUCAGGCUCAGGCCGUUCAGCAACGCCAGAUGAAACUGCAGGCCCAGCAAGCCCAGUACCGCCAAGCUGCCAAUUCUGCCCAGUCUCAGUCUAGCCAAGGCUCGUCGCAGGCAUCGCAUGGCAAUGGCAAGCGUGCCUCCCACACUGCCGAGCCUCACGUCGAGGAGUCUAUCUCACGUCUCCUGAACCAAAUGCGUCAGAACAAUGCGCUUCCCUCAGAAGACGAUGCCGAGUCACCCUCCGGCAACCCGCCGCACAUUGCCCGUAUGAAGAAGGACGAGGAGGAGAUGGACGAGGAUGAGCGUCUACUCGCCUCCGAAGAGGGCAAGAAGCUCUCUAGCAAAGAGCGAAGACAACUGAGAAACAAGGUGUCUGCCCGUGCUUUCCGUUCCCGAAGAAAGGAAUAUAUUGGCCAGCUCGAAGGUGAAGUCGCAAUUAAGACACAAGAAAGCAACAGCCUACGUCAAGAGAACCAGGCACUUCUCGCAGAAAAUGAACGCUACCGCGGUCUGAUCGAAACACUCCUCCGUCACCCAGCCUUCACACCAUUCAUCAAUGACAUCAGCAAAGACCCAUCUGUCUUGAUGCCACCUCAACACCAGCCACACCGUCAACAACAACCAUCUAUGCACCCGACCCCAAACCCGCAGCCGGCCCAACCCCACCAGCAACAGGCUCAGCAGGACAUGAAGCCUGAAUUUCUGAACUUUGAUGCCUCUCAGCUUCAGCUACCACAAUCGCAACCCGAGCAGCAGCAACAGCAGCAGGUCAACUUGGCCAUGAUUCCAGAGGAGAAUUUCAGCAAGCUGAAUCUCAGCGGCUACCAGCGACCGGUGAACUUCAACAACUACGGCGUCAAUGCCUACGUGGUAACUUCCUUGCCAUCAGGCCCUGACCCUGUUGACCUGCUCAUCGAAUCGCCUGCUCGCCUGCCUCUGUCUGCUUCCGCCAACAUCUCGAAUGUCUCCUCUAUUGCCUGCUCGACCUCCGCCGACUCUGGACUUUCUGUACUGCUUGCGAAGCUCGACAAUGCGGCACGCAAUACCAUCGCUGACCAUCUGGUCUAACGGCUACUUUGAUAGCACCACGAGAUACCCAACAUCCCUCUGCAACAAUGGUCACUUGACUAUCGCCUUGUCACCGAAGACAGGCUGUCUGUUUGCCGCGCUCUAGGCUAUUUCUGUCAUUCAGCGUGGGUGGGAAGUGAGCGUUUCUGCUAAGAUAGAAAACCAGCAGUUAUCGUGAUAAUCAAAACAACUGAAAG